AUGCUGAAGAACUUUGUAAGAUUCCAGUCGACGCUUAAGGCGUUGCGUCCUUCGACCUCGAACGCGGAGUUGGAGCUGAAACGUGUGAUUCCGAAGCACAAGACAUAUUACUCCCCCAAUGCUGAUCAUGAGAACAACCUCAACGAGCUGAAAGAGAUGGAGCGUAAGUACGUGAAUCUCCCUCGUGUUGCGAACGUGCAGGGCAAGUGGCUUUCAAGACAGCAGUACGAGCCGUUGGCGGGAGACGAACGUCUCAAGUCGUCACAGCACAAGCAACUGCUGAAGAGUCUCAACAGGCUAAACUCGAUAGAUCCGCAGUUGAGACCGACGGAGGUUGAGAAUGUGUUGACCAAGUACUCUAGAAGCACCAACAUGAACGACUCCGGGCUGAAGUUGAAACAAUUGGAUCAAUUUGGAAGAUCCAAGACCAUUGGAGGCCGUAAGUCUUCAACUGCGACUGUCUACCUCGUCAAAGGUACCGGUGAGAUCUUGAUCAACGGCAAGCCCCUUAACGAGCACUUCCCAGAGCUCAAGCAUAGAAAGGAGAUCCUGUACCCACUACAGGUUGUUGAGGCUGAGUCUGAAUUCAACGUGUUUGCGCUCGUCACGGGAGGAGGUGCCACUGGCCACUCCGGUGCUAUUGCCAAUGCCAUUGCCAAAGGUUUGGUCAUCCAUAACCCAUUGUUGAAGAACAGACUGUAUAAAGCCGGCUGUAUGACCAGAGACCACAGAAGAGUCGAGAGAAAGAAACCAGGUAAGGUUAAAGCUAGAAAGAGCCCAACAUGGGUCAAGCGUUGA